UUGCACCGGUUAAGUUAGAUGGGUGAUAACUUUUACGCGAAACAAACAUUUGCCAGAAUCUAACGAGGAGAUAUUUGCAGCAGUUAUUCAAAUUGCAGUAUUCAGAGUCAGAACUUCGUUCUCGAGCUCGACAGUCUCGCUGCUCCAUUACUAAGGUCUCAUAAGGCAAUCAUUUCCCUGGAUAAUGGAUCGUCAACCUCAUGAUUAUGCAGCAGCAGCUGCUGCAAUGGCCUAUGCUCAGCAGCAGCAACAACAACUACAGCAGCAACAGUUUGGUUUACAUCCACAACACCAACAGUUUCCUCAGCAGGUUCACGGUCCUCCCUUUCUACCCCCUCACCCUUCUCUACAACAAUUUCCUUACCAUCACCACAUGCAGCAGCAACAACAACAACAGCAACUCCAUCCUCAUCAGCAUCACCACCUUUUACAUCUCCAACAGCAACAAGCACCACCACCACAUUUGCCUCCUCAUCAUGUUCCUUCUCACUUUCUUGGUCCAUUCGAUUCUGCUCCACCACCAGUUCCUCCACCUUCUGAUCCCGAGCUCCAAAAACGCAUCGAUAAACUUGUUGAAUACUCGGCUAAGAAUGGUCCUGAAUUUGAAGCCAUGAUCCGUGAAAAGCAGCAGGAUAAUCCUGCUUACAGUUUCCUUUUCGGUGGUGAGGGGAAUAAUUAUUACCGUUACAAGCUCUGGUUGACCACAGUUCCAUCAAAUACCCCCUUCAACCCUUCUUUUCCUUCCUCUAUACCCAUGAUGCGACCUCCUCCUCACAACCCCAUGAUAAAUCCAUCUCAUUUAAACCAUCCCCCCUUGAAUGUCCCUUCCGUUGCUGCUGGAGCAUCAGGUCCCAUGGUUGGUGGCUCCCAGUUACACCAACCUUCUUUCCCACCAUUUUAUGACCAACAACAACAGCAUUUACAGCUUCAUAUUGGCCAAGUUCGACCAGAUUAUGAUCCUUCAAAUCCCUUUAAGGGUCUAUCUGGACCACUUCCUUCUGAUGUUUCCACUGAGCUUACUAAUGUACUCAACAGUCUAUCUGGAACUAAGGAGUCGAUCAAGGGUGCCAAAAUUUGGUUUAUGCAAAGGUGCCCCUUUGCACCAGCUUUAGCCGAGGCCCUCAAAGACAGAGUUCUUUCUCUUGAUGAUUCCGAGAGACAGAUGCACAUCAUAUAUUUAGCGAAUGACAUUCUGUUUGACAGCUUACAACGGCGGAAUGACCCGCGGGAAGUCGACAAUGAAGCCCUUGCCUUCAGACCCAUUCUAGGAUCCAUGCUUGCAAGGAUUUAUCACAAUCCCCAUAACAAGGAAGCAAAUCAAUCACAGUUAGAGAAAAUUUUGCAGUUCUGGGAUACAAAGGAGGUUUAUGACCAUGACACUAUUUAUGCUCUCAAGAGUGAGAUGCAUGUUGGCACCCCAGCAACUUCUCUUUCACGACCUCCAGAGGAGUUCUCUUCUGCAGCUGGAUAUCCUGCUAGUGCCCCAGGCUUAUCACAGCAAACACCACUCCAAAAUCCCAAUCAAUGGCAACCUGAUCAGCAGAGAAGCUCUGUGCCUGGCUCAUUUGAGCAAGAUCAUCCAGAUAAACAAGUGCCUCCAGCCAUGGGAAUGACACAAUCCAUGUUUGCACCACCUGCACCUCAGCAAUUCCUUCCAAAUUCAAUGCAAGCUGGGCAUUACCAACCAAUUCCCGGGACUCAUUUUAUGGGAUCUGUACCAAUGCCAGGUGCCAUUCAACAAGCAAACCAUCAGCCAUCACAUAUACUGCCUACUCCUUCAAAUAUCGGUGAGAAAUUGCCUCCAUAUCCUUUAUUUCCCCCUGGGCUGAUUCCUGGCAUGGUAAGGAAGAUGCAAAUAGGUAGUGGUGUACCAUAUUCUCCUAUGAGCCCUUUGGACAUACCAACCGUGAUUCCACCUUCCACCGUUUCUCCAUCAGAAGUCUUGGAUAGAGUCUCCAAAUUUUUCAAAGAAAUCGGAGAAGUAAAUCCAUCUGAAGGACCCAUGAAAUCCUCAAAUGAAAAUGAUGAAGAUGAUGAUGGAGAAUAUGAGAGGGAACCCCCUGUACGCAAAGGUGGGGCUUGCAUUCCCCCCCCUGCAAACCUACAAGUGGACCCUGAGACGGGUACUUAUCCAGAUGGUAGUGUAGAAAGAAAGCCAGGAUCAAGUGGCUCAGGAAGGUUAGGGCUUGGGGCCACAGCUGAUCCAAAUGAAGUCAGUCAGUAUGAUGAUGUGUAUUCAUCGUAUAGGAAACAGAGAAGCACCAAUUAUCAUUCAUCUAUGAGUGCAAGAGCUUCUGUGAGGUAGUGUGUUUUCUUUUGGGUUCACUGAACUGUGUAUGAAUGUUGGCCUCGAAGCCUUGAAUUUAUGUUGCAAAUACUUCUGUCUAUGUUAAGAAAACAAAGCAUCUAAGAAAUAUGGCUGUUCUGUUGUCUGAACACCUACUUAGGUUCU